ACCUAAACCCUAGAAGCACCAUCCCACCAGACCUGAAACCACCGCCACCUAGAAGCUGACCGCGCUGACGACCGGAAUCCCACCCAACCAACCCAACCCCAAAACCCCAUUAACCCAAACCCAGCCAACCUCAAAACCAUUCGAAAACCAACCAAACCAAACCCGACAUUGGGUUCGACGCAAAUUCAGGGCAGGGAGUUCGAUGCGGCUUGAAUCGGGGGAUGGGGGAGGUCAGCGACGUCGGAAUCGGGGGAUGGGGUUGGUUAGCAAGGUCGAAAUUUGGGGGGGGGGUGGCUGGAUUCUUGGGACAAGCUAAGGGAGUUUAACGGCCGGAUUCCUGGGACAAGGGAGUUCGCGCGUGGCCGGAUUCCUGGGACAAGGGAGUUCGACGACCGGAUUCCUGGGACAAUGGAGUUUGGCGGCAGGAUUCUGGGAGGUCGGCAGCUGGGAGUGGCGGCAAGGUUGGUGGUUUGGCUGGUGGGUGUUUUUAAAAUUAAUUAAUUAAUUUUUGUAACUUUUUUUUUAAUUUUAUUAUUUAGACCAAUCAGGUGCCAACACGUGUCAAACAACUUGCUAUAACAAGUUAACUGGCUGGUUGGGACCAUUUGAAUAAAAUUGGCAUGAAAGGUGAGAUUAUUUAAAAAUAACUCAAAGAUGAGAUUAUUUUUCGCGGACGGCCCAAAGGUCAGAUUAUUCCGGGCAAUUUUGUCUAUUUUUUUUUAAGGAAGCUUAAACCUUUGAGGAAUCUUCUCAUUUGUAAAGUGUUGCAGCGUGUAAUUGAUGAGUUUCAGAAAAAAAAGAAAAAUUGAUGAGUUUAAGAAAAGUUUAGUUGCAUCCCCAUUCCAAUUUACACAGAUCCAAUUUUAAACCCUAAAAAAUCCACCAAUUUUCCCCCUAAUUUCUUCUUAACAUUUUAAAAUCCGAAACACAAUUCAAAACGAAACGUUAUCAAUGGUGACAAAAAGUUGAAGAAUUCAGAAGAAAGAAAGAAUUCAGGCGAAAUGGACGUUCGAAGGGAUGAAGAACAAAGUGAGAGAAUACGGAGUUGUAGCAGAUGCAUGGUUAAAGGUGACAAAAUGUGUUACCAACAUAUUGUUUCAUAUUUAUUUCCAGUAAUUAAGAAGCAUAAUUCUCCUGAAUCUGGAAAAAUCGAAGAAAAAAGUUACCUGAAAUUAACCCCAGUUCAAUUUAAUGGGGAUUUUGUUGAGAAUAAGAAAAAUGAAGAAGAAGAGAAAGAGGGGAAUCAUGGUGAUGUAAAAGAGGUUGAGGAAAAUGAGUGCACACCAAGUGUUUGUGAAAAUGGCUCUGAGAGAGAAGAGAAAAGUCCGCUGGAGAUAACACUUACGAAACUUAAGGAGAAGCUUGUUAGAAGUAAGAAAAAGGAAGAGGAAGAAAGUGCGCGGAAAAUUUCAGUAAGAGGGAAGAAAGGGAGAGGUGAGGAGAGAGAAAUUGGGAUUUCCCGGGUUAAGUUUCGAAAGAUUGAGGAGAAAGUUGAUGACUUUGCUCAUAGUAAUGAAGGGCUUGGUAGUGUGGUUGAGGGGAAACUGCGGAAUGAGGACGACGAAGACGAUGGUGAUGCAUUGUUUGAGGAUGAUUCUCAACAAGAGGAAGAAAAACAGGAAGAUGAAGAAAUAAAGAAGGGCACACCAGGUGUUUGUGAAAAUGGCACUGAGGGGAGUAAACACAAGAUUGAUAAAAGGAUUAAGAUUGACUCGAGCGUGUGUCAUCAGUGCCACAGGGGUGACAAAGGAAGAGUUAUUAGGUGCUCCAAAUGCAAGACCAAACGGUUUUGCAUUCCUUGCAUCACAACCUGGUAUCCACAGAUGACCGAAGAGCAGAUUGCGCUGGCUUGUCCAAUUUGCCGUGGGAACUGCAACUGCAAGGCAUGUCUGCGCAUGGAGGGACCUUUCAAAAAUCAGGUGAAGGAUGGAUAUAAUAUUAGCCUAGAAGUAAAGAUUGACCACACCAAAAAUCUGUUGAGGACUAUUCUGCCAUUUCUAAAGCAAUUUAAUCAGGAACAGAUGACAGAAAAGGAAAUAGAAGCCAUAAUUCAGGGUGUACUAGUAUCUGAAGUAGAAAUUCAAAAUGCAAUUGGGCGAGAAAAUGAGCGUGUAUUCUGCAACAACUGCAGAAACUCCAUUGUCGAUCUUCACAGAAGUUGUCCAGAAUGUAUGUAUGAUUUGUGUCUCACUUGCUGCCGGGAAGUUCGUGCUGGACAGCUGCAGGUUUGUGAAGAAGCUGUAACGGAAUAUGUUAACAGGGAUGUACAAUCUAUGCAUGCUAAAAGCUCUCGUGGUCGGUCAAAAAAAUCUACUAGAGGCUACAACACUCUUUCCAAUUUGGAGGGUUCAGCUAGAAAGAGAGCGCAUGCCCAAUCAGAGAGAAUUGCUGGAGGCAAAGAUGCUCCUGCUCAAGUAAAGAGAAUAGCUGGCGGCCUUUCUCCUGAGUUACCCCUUGAUCAAAACAAGGCUACAUCUGAAUGGAAAGCAGAGAACAAUGGUGCCAUUACUUGCCCUCCACCAAUAUAUGAGGGUUGUGGUGGUGCAAUUCUUGAAUUAAAAUGUAUCUUAUCAGAUGGUUGGGUCUCAGAAUUGUUGAAGAAAGCGGAGCAGACUGUGUCCCAAUGGGAACAAGAUAAUUCUUCCCAUGCUCCUGAGGAAUGUUCAUGCUCUGCUUCAGAUGUUGACUGUGGAGGCAUCGUGCGGAAAUGUGCUUUCAGAGAAGGUUCUAAUGACAAUUAUUUAUAUUGCCCAGAUGCUGGGGACAUUCAAAAUGGAGAUCUCAAACACUUCCAGUGGCAUUGGACCCUAGGAGAACCAAUCAUUGUCAGGAAUGCUCUUGAGACUAAUCCUGGUUUAAGUUGGGAACCAAUGGUCAUGUGGCGUGCUUUUCGUGAAGUUGGAAAUAGGGUAUUGAAGGUGAAAGCUGUUAAUUGCUCAGAUUGGUCUGAGGUUGAUCUCAACUCUCACCAAUUUUUUAAAGAUUAUUCACGAGGUCGAUUGGAGGGUGCUAAGUGGCCUGGCUUACUGAAGUUGAAAGACUGGCCACCUAUUGGUAAAUUUGAGCAGCGUUUACCACGUCAUAGUGCUGAAUUUAUCAAAGCAUUGCCAUUUAAGGAGUAUACACAUCCCAGGAAUGGAGUUUUGAACCUAGCUGCCAAGUGGCCUUUAAGAACUUUGAAGCCAGACUUGGGUCCAAAGGCCUAUAUUGCUUAUGGAUGUGCUCAAGAAUUGGGUUCUGGAGACUCUGUCACCAAGCUUCACUAUCACAUGUCUGAUGUGGUCAAUAUUUUGACACAUACUACUGAAGGUACUCUGCAUCUUGGUAAAGGUGCUCGUCCAUCUGGGAUCUUGGAAGGUUCAGAGGAUAAAAGUGAAGGUGCUCAUUGGGACAUCUUUCGUAGAGAAGACGUUCUUAAGCUACAGGAGUAUUUGAAGGGACAUUAUACGGAAUUUAGGCAUGAUCAUUGCUCUCCAUUGAGCCAGGUCAUUCACCCUGUUCAUGACCAGACAUUUUACUUGAAUGAGGAGCAUAAAAGGAAGCUGAAGGAAGUAUAUGGAAUUGAGCCAUGGACAUUUGUUCAAAAGCUUGGAGAAGCAGUCUUAAUCCCUGCUGGCUGUCCUCACCAAGUUAGAAACUUGAAGUCAUGCAUAAAGGUUGCGCUUGAUUUUAUCUCUCCCGAGAAUGUUCAUGAGUGUAUCCGUCUUACUGGGGAGCUUCGUAGUCUGCCUCGAAAUCACCAAGCCAAGGAGGAUAAAUUGGAGGUUUGGAAAAUGAUUAUAUAUGCUGUAAAGCAGGCUUUAAACGACUUGAAGACCAUAUAGGAGUCAGAUGAAGAAUUGGUUGCCUGAGCUAGACCUGAGUAAUUUUUCUCGUAAUUCAGGUCUGCAGUUAAGGGUGACUUGAACAGAGUUGAGGCUUCUAUAUUGUACAAAUAAUGUUAACUGAGCUGUGUUUUGGAAGUUAGUUUAAUUGUUAGUAUAGCUUGCACACUCACAGCAAGUCUAAUUGUGAGGAUGGUGACAAUAGCGCGAGCCUCAAGGAAUGUGGCACGUCAGUCCAAACAUUUGGAACAUAAUAUUGACCCUUUGUUUCUAA